AUGCCUUUCCCUCGGAGAUGGAACUUCCCUCUGCUGAUGUUCAUGUGGAAGAUGGCCCCGGCCCUGAGCUGUGGAAACACUGUGGUCAUCAAGCCAGCAGAGCAGACCCCCCUCACGGCCCUCCACAUUGGAGCGCUCAUCAAAGAGGCAGGCUUCCCUCCUGGAGUUGUGAACAUUGUUCCUGGAUUUGGUCCCACAGCAGGAGCAUCCAUCGCCAGCCACAUGGACAUCGACAAAGUGGCCUUCACUGGCUCUACAGAGAUCGGCCAGCUGAUCAAAGAAGCAUCAGCCAAAAGUAAUCUGAAGAGGGUGACUCUGGAGCUGGGAGGGAAGAACCCCUGCAUUGUGUUUGCUGACUGUGACUUGCAGCUGGCUGUGGAGGAGACCCAGAAAGGAGCUGUAUAUAACCAGGGUCAGUGCUGCACGGCUGCAUCCCGUGUCUUUGUGGAAGAAAGUAUUUAUGAGGAGUUUGUGCGUCGCAGUAUAGAAACCGCAAAGAAGAUUAUCAUAGGAGACCCCCUGGACCCUCAGACAUCACACGGGCCACAGAUCAGCCGAAAACAGUUUGACAAGAUUAUGGAUCUGAUAGAGAGUGGGAAGGAGGAGGGAGCCAGGCUGGAGUAUGGAGGAGCAGCUGUGGGCGAGAAGAGUCUCUUCAUUCAACCCACAAUCUUCUCUGGGGUCAAAGACCACAUGCGCAUCGCCAAGGAAGAGAUCUUUGGUCCUGUCCAGUGUAUAUUCAGCUUCAAAAGGCAGCAGGAGGCCAUAGAGAGAGCAAACAAUUCAAAAUAUGGCCUGGUGUCAGCAGUCUUCACAACCAGUAUGGACAGAGCUCUGUCUGUGUCCGCCGCCCUGGAGACGGGCACCGUUUGGAUAAACUGCUACAAUGCCCUUCAUGCCCAGACUCCCUUUGGAGGGUAUAAGAUGUCAGGCAACGGACGAGAGCUGGGAAAGUAUGCUCUGGCCGAGUACUCGGAGGUCAAAGCAGUGACCAUCAAGCUGAGUGAAACCCUGUGA